AUGGGAGCUCCCACGAAGAAGUACAUUUGCUUUCUAAUGUUUCUUAUGAUUCUAAGAAUUGCUGGGGUUUUUGGGGCGGGUGAAUGUGGGAAAUCAUCCAUUGACAAUGGGGUUAUGAGGCUAGCUCCCUGUGCAUUGGCAGCACAUGAUGAGAAAGCUGAAGUCUCAGAUAAGUGCUGCACUGUGGUGAAAGAUAUCGACGUAUGCUGCUUUUGUGCCAUCAUGCUUUCCAAUAUAGCUAAGAGUUCAGGAAUCAAGCCAGAAGUUGCAAUUACCAUACCUAAAAGGUGCAACAUUGCUAAUCGCCCUGUUGGUUACAAGUGUGGAGCUUAUACGUUGCCUUGAAGACCGAAGACCAUGAGCCAGAGUUCCUACUGCUGUGCUGUUGUUGCUUCUUUGUUUUGGG